GUUUGGUUUUUCUUUUCUUACUAGAACAAAAAGAGAAUUAGUACAAACACAGAUUACAAAAAUAACUUUAAAUUAUCUACAUACACAAGGAAAGUCACGCUUUUUGCUCAGUCACUAGAGAAUACUUCAGAUAGUUUGGGUCCUCCGAGAUAAGAUAACGAAAACAAGAUAAAUCAGCCGUGUGAUAAGUAACAAGGAGACCUGGCCUCACAACGCAGUUAAGUCUCCGCAUAGUACAGUAAAGCGUAGUAUUGCAACUUUACGAUAAAUUCACGUUUAAUAUUACUAAAACAACUUAAUCAACUUAGACUGGACGUGAUCUUUUUGAGGCUCUGACUUUUUUUUCAUAUUAAUGAUUAUAUAAUACCAACGCAAUGAUGUACCCUAAAACCAUUUAAACAUUAUUUUCUUUUGUUAUUUUAAGAUUCUAAAAUCAGGUAAACGUAAAGAAUCUACAGAUUUCUUCUUAAUUAACAUUUAUUGCACGAAUAGCAAUGAUCUACAUUAGAAUAAUAUUUGAAUAAAUAUCAAAGUGUUCUUGACACAUCAAAGAAAAAAUAAAGCUACAGUUGCCAAUUGCAGUUUUAAAUUAAGACGGAACAGCGUACAGUACGAUUUUAGGGAAUAAGCACCAACAUACGCGGAAAACGCCAUGCCUUCUUUACUCCAUCGCCUUGGAACUUUGUUUUACAUCGUGAGUCCAAGUAGCACUUCCUUCGAAAAAAGAGAGGAGGUUCCUAAUUUCACCAAUGAGGCUCUUCCUCUCUUCGUUGCGAUGCUUGCCUUGGAGUGGGCCCUCCUCUGGCGCCAGGGUAAAAAGGCUCGCAUCAAUGACGCAAUUACAUCUUCAGGACAUGGGCUCGUCUAUGAAACCAGCAAAAUAUUAUCCCGAGGCGCUGAGCUCUUCGCAUAUGACUGGCUUUAUCGGUACAGAGUAGUUGAUCUAGACUGGGACUCACCUGUUACAUGGUUUACGGCUGCCUUGGGAGUGGACUUUGGGGUUCUUUUGGGUUUUCACCGCGCCACUCAUGAAACAAGCCUCGGUUGGGCGGCUCACCAAGUCCACCAUUCGUCCCAAGAAUAUAACCUCUCCACCGCCCUACGCCAGUCCAUCUUCCAGCGAACUUUCUGGGUCGUGUUCUACAACCCUCUCGCUCUUCUGGGCAUCCCGCUUCCUGCCUUGCUCGUUCACAUCCAGUUUAAUCUCCUCUACCAGUUUUGGAUUCACACGGAAGCGGUCGGGAAGCUUGGGCCGUUGGAGUGGGUGCUCAACACGCCUUCGCACCAUAGGGUUCAUCACGGAGCCAACAAAUACUGUCUGGACAAAAACUACGGUGGAGUGCUGGUCAUCUGGGAUCGACUUUUCGGAACCUUUGCAGAAGAGCGAGAUGACGAGAAGUUAGUCUACGGGUUGGUCGACCAGCCUCAGUCCCUUAAUGUUAUUUGGCUUCAGAUGUACUAUUAUUUUGAAGUCUUCAAAAAGGCAAAGAACAUGAACACUUGGGUAGACACGAUGAAAGUUCUUUUCAAUGGGCCCGGUUGGCACCCUGGCACCCCUCGCUUGGUGAAUCCAGCGUUCUUCAGGACUCCAAGCGAAUGGGGCAAGUACGAUCUCGACUCCCCAUAUGGCAAAGUCAUUUUGUCUGCAACGUCCCUCUGGGCAAGCGUCCUCCUGAUGUCAACCUUCAUUCUGCUCUCCGUCGGACUCAUCGGAGCCCUGUACGACGGCUGGUGGUGGGCGCCCCUCGCCGAAACCGCCCGUUGUGCCGCCUUUGUAGUCUACGCCCGCGGUACGCCCAUCUCCAAGUACUUCUUGAUACUUUUUGGGUUUUAUUUUAUUUCUGUCGGCGCUGGUUGGUGGCUUAUAGUUCAAGGUUCUCAUCAAGGUUCUAAGAUGGCAAGACAAAUGAUGCAAGUGACCCUGGUUUUUUUUUAA